AUGGAAGCUAAUAAAACACAAGUAGACCCAAACCAGAUUUGUAUAUCAAAUUUUGAUGAAAUCAGUUUGGAUAUUGUAACUAUUUACGAUGGGUUACAUACAAUAAAAUUUAACGAUGAAAAAGCAUUUCAACAGUAUAAAGAAGUUAUCAGCUUUUUAAAUAAUUGGAGACAUACACAUACCGAUAGGUAUCAUAAUUUUUUCAAUUCUGUGAAUUGGUAUGAAAGUAGAUUAAAAGAAAUUGAUCAAUUAUGUUCAACACUAGUGGGUUAUAAAAUUAAUGCUAUGCUUUCAAAGAAUGAUAAAGAAUUAUUUUCAAAAGAUUUAAAUCAAAUUUAUGAAUCAGUUUCAAAACAAAGAUUACUUUUGUUAACUAAUUUCUACAAUUCAUCACUCAAUAAUCAAUAUGAAUCAAUUUCGCAAUCAAUAAAAACUAUAAAUUUAUCCUUCAUUCCACAAAUUCCUUUGGAUUUAAAUCUCGAUAUUAAAAAUCAAAAAAAUCAAAUUUUCGAAUGGAGGCAGUCAACAAUUUCAGAAUUAAAUCAAUCAUUGGAUGGUUUUGAAGUUAGUUUAUUGGAGUUAAUAGAAUAUAUAGAAUUAUAUUCAUAUACCCUCAUUAAUUUGGGUAAUAUUACAUUAGGUUAG